AUGGAACCAGGGCUACCGUAUUCACUAUCAAAGGAGGCCAUUGAGAAGGAUCUGACAUCGGAAGCGCCACAAUGGAUCUUGUCCGCUUAUGGCCCCGGCAGGGAUGCUCCGGAACAGCUUUUCGGAGGCAACUUGCGCGAGCAGAGUUUUGAGGAGAUGAGACUCGUUCACAUGAUGGCUGAAGCCUCUGGGAAUCCUCAGCAAGCUCUCAAUCAAGCACAAGAGCUAUACCAGCAAGCCCAGCAACAAAUGAAGACGGCGGUGGGCAACCUUGACGGAGCUAUUCAGUUCAUCAUUUCCGCCGAGCAAACGCACCCCAACAGGAUAGACAUUUGCAAGCAAGGCACGUUGCCAGGCGGAACUACAGGGGAGUUUGCGGUUGGAAGACGGGCCGCCUCUUCACAGCAGAACCCUUUUUCGUCAAACUCAACUCCAGCGACAUCAAACCCAUUCUCUUCUAACAACACGAACACAACUUCUGCCUUUGGUGGCGGUGGUGGAGCUUCAACGGGGAGCGCUUUUGGCCAGACUGCGACCCUGGGGCAACGUGCGAAUCCCUUUGGCACGCCAGCUUUUGGUCAAACAUCGCAGCCAUCGCAGCCGACUUCAGCAUUCGGUCAACCAUCACAACCUGCGUCUGCCUUUGGUGGCGCGAGUAGCUCAGCACCGGCCUUUGGCCAGACGUCGCAACCUACAUCCGCCUUUGGACAACCCAGCGCGCUGGGAGGCGGCACAUCGGCUUUUGGCCAGGCCUCAGCCCUGGGACAGAAGCCCAAUCCCUUUGGCGCGCCUGCGUUCGGGCAGCCAGCACAACCGGCAGCGGGAGCGGGUGGCAGUGCCUUUGGUCAACCAUCUCAACUUGGCGGAGGCGGCAGCGCGUUUGGCCAAGCAAGUGCUCUCGGACAGAAGCCGAACCCUUUUGGAGGCGCGACGAGCGGUGCCAGCCCAUUUGCCAGCGCUGGAGGCGGCGGCGGCAACACACCCAGUCCAUUUGGUCAGGCUUCGCAGAACACUGCCAGUCCCAGCCCCUUUGGACAGCCCGCGCAAAAUACGACACAAAAUGCUAACCCUUUCGGGGCUCCAGCCCAGACGAACCCAAGUCCGUUUGGUCAGCCAGCACAGCCUGCGACAACAAGCGCGUUUGGGCAGCCGGCGCAGACUGCAUCUUCCAAUCCCUUCGGCCAGCCGUCUCAGGCGCAACCGGCGGCGAGCAACCCCUUUGGAGCGAAACCCGGUGCGCAGCCCAGCGCCUUCGGCCAGCCGGCAGCGACUGCUCAACCAACACAGCCCACGCAGCCUGCCAGCGGGUUCGGACAACCAGCUCAGCUCGGCCAGAAAACGAACCCUUUUGGACAGAACAAUGCGUCUCCGUUCAGCCAGCCGUCCGGUGGCCUCGGAGCGGGUGGAUCAGCGCCGAACCCAUUCGGAAGCCAGACCGCUGCACCGGCUGCACCCGCCGCGCAACAAGCGGCGGCGCCUGGGAGCGGACCGUACCCGCCGGGGAGCUCGAGACAACAUCCGCCCGUGUCGAGCUACAGCUCGAAGGAUAUGAACGGGCGGCUGUCCAGCUGGAAGGGCAAGCCCGUCACCUACCAGGGCAACUUGCCUGGCAUUCGAGCCUUCAACGGCGCGUGGACGAGGAUAUGGUUCCCGGAUGGUCCGCCAAACUACUACAAGGAUACUGAACUACCCGAUGAGUUAUAUGACGACAAGUCGAAGCAGCAGUGGCAGUCGUUUACGCAGACGGGCAAGUUUGAGGGUCUUAUGCCCGAGUUGCCUCCCAAGAGGGAAUUCUGUCUUUGGGAUCUGUAA